AGUGCGACAAUACGGCCGCCAUCUUCGUUGCAAACGGCCCUCUUUUGCACUUCUCAAACACCCGCCCUGUCACGACGCAGCUGUUGUCGAAGGCUGAGCGGCUGACGACGCAGUAGCCUGGUCUUUCACGCAUCUACUGUGCUCAACAGAGUUGGACAAAGGACAUCCACCUGGCGCCUCUCAUGGUCAGCAAAGAACGAAAACGACCAGUGGGCGUGCCCUUCACGGUGAACGGCGUGCCCUAUCGUACACGUGUGGGCUGCCAUGAAGUGAAGAGCCGCUACGGCCAUGAAGCCGUAUUGCUGCGAUUGGGUCCCAAGAGAGAGUCCUCGUCGGCCUCGCCGUCGCCGUCGCCGCCCCUUCCGCGCUCCACGGCUCUCGUGGCAGGGAAGAUGGCGAAACGGCUGAAGCGGUGUACCAUCUGCGCCGUCGACGCACGAGGCCGCUUUCUGGUGGAGGACGGCGGGGCCUACGUGAUGGGCGCCGCUCGCACCAAGGAGGAGACGGCGCGCAUCUGCAAGGCGGAGCGGGGCAUCUUUGAGGCGAAGAAGUCGCGGCAGCCUCAGCGGCACCCCCCAAAGCAGCGGAUGCCCAACGUGUACACGAAGUUUAUUGGAGUCUUUCUGGCCACCUUCGACGCCGUGAGCGUCCGUGAUGCGAGUGUGGCGUGGCGUGGCUUUUCCAAAGAGGUGAAGAGGGACUGCAACAUGGAUGUUCUGAUUCAGGCCACCAAGGACACGGGGCUCUACACUCUGAAGACGGCCCACAGGUGA